GUUUGCUGAUCUGAUUCUCAGAAAGAGAGAGAGAGGGUGAGUUUGUUCACAAAGCGGCCAUGAAUAGAGCAAAGGCGAUACUGAGUUCUCUCCGACUCGCCAACUCUCUUUACUCGACUCGGCUUCCCCGAAACCACUCGCUUAAUCCUCAGGUAUCGACUCAGUUCUCUCACCUCUCUCCAUCUCUCUCUACCCAUCAAACUCUCUUCUUCUCAUCACAACCAAGCUCGAUUCUUCAACUUGUAUUGGACAAUGAUUCGUACAAGGAGCUAGAACACAAGUUAUCAAACACUAACCCAACACUGACCCACGAAACUGUUGUCUACAUUUUGAAGAAACUCGAAAAAUCCCCAAAAAAGGCUUCGAAUUUCUUCAAUUGGGUCUCUGAAAAAAAUGGGUUUAAACCCAGUUCUGCAAUCUACAGUCUAGUGCUUCGAAUUUUUGCUAACAAAGAGUCGAUUAAGCAGUUUUGGGCUACCAUUAACAAAAUGGAAGAACUAGGGUUUUAUAUUGAUGAGACAACAUACCUAACAAUUCUUGGAGUUCUUCGGAACUCGAAGAUGGCCACCGAUGCCACGGCUUGGACUCAAUUGUAUAAUAGGAUGGCUAAGGAAAAUGAUUUGAAUGGUGUAGUGAAGAAGGUGGUUCAAGUUGUUACUCAAUCGGAUUGGUGCGGUGAGGUUGAGAGAGAAUUAGGGGAGAUGAAAAUUUCCGUGUCAGAUGAUUUGUUGUUGACGGUUUUGAAGGAUCUUCGAGGAUACCCUUUGAAAACUUUGAGGUUUUUCAAGUGGGUUAGUGAGUGUUUAGGAUUUGAACACAAUAGUGUUACUUAUAAUGCAAUUGCUAGGGUUCUUGGUCAGGGCGAUUCAAUUGCGGAGUUUUGGAGUACGGUGAGGGAAAUGAAGGGUUUAGGUCAUGAAAUGGAUAUUGAUACUUAUAUAAAGAUUUCGAGGCAGUUUCAGAAGAACAAGAUGUUGAAGGAUGCGGUGGAGCUCUACGAGCUUAUGAUGGAUAGUCCGUAUAAACCCUUAGUUCAGGAUUGUAGUGUGCUUUUGCGUACCAUCGCUGUGAGUGGUAGUCCAGAUAUGGAUUUGGUGUUUAGAGUUGUGAAGAAACACGAGGCAGCGGGGAAUUCUCUAACAAAGAGUAAUUAUGAUGGAAUUCAUAGGUCUUUAACAAGCAUAGGGAGAUUCGAUGAAGCGGAGAAGAUUGUGGAGGCUAUGAAAAAUGCAGGGUAUGAGCCUGAUAACAUCACCUAUAGCCAACUGGUGUUUGGACUUUGUAAAGCUCGGAGACUAGAAGAAGCAUGUAAGGUGUUGGAUGUGAUGGAAGCUAGCAGAUGCGUUCCCGACCUCAAGACUUGGACCAUUUUGAUACAAGGACAUUGUGCGGCUAAUGAAGUCGACAAGGCAUUGUUUUGUUUUGCGAAGAUGAUGGAAAAAAACUUUGAUGCCGAUGGUGACCUCUUGGAUGUCAUGAUAAGUGGUUUUCUUAGUCAGAAUAGGAUAGACGGUGCUAACAAAUUGCUUGUGGAGAUGGUGAGUAAGGCUCAUUUGAGACCUUGGCAAGCGACAUACAAGAAUUUAAUUCAGAAGCUUCUAGAAAUAAAGAAACUCGAGGAAGCAUUGAAUCUCCUUCAUCUAAUGAAGAAACACAACUACCCACCUUUCCCGGAACCAUUUGUGCAAUAUAUUUCGAAGUUUGGGGUGGUGGAGGAUGCUGUGGAUUUCUUGAAGGCAUUGACUGUGAAGGAACAUCCGUCUGUUUCAGCAUACCUUCAUGUUUUCAAAGCUUUCUUUCAGGAGGGUAGACAUUCUGAGGCCAAGGAUCUGCUUUACAAGUGCCCUCAUCAUAUUCGCAAGCAUGUGGCAAUUUGCAGUCUCUUCGGUUCUGCAAAGAGCAGCAGUGCUGCUACUGCCGCUUGACAUUGCUUUGAGGUAGUUUAUUUGUUUUCAAAUUCAUGUUGUACAAAUGAACUCGGUGAAGAACUGGUAGGUGAUCUUUAUAGGUUUUUACUCUCACUAUAGAGUGCAAUGUGAUUUUGUUUUAUUUCAUUCUGUUUUUUGUAUUUCAAGUUCAAUUAAGCUUUACAUUUAGAUUA